UUUAGGGGAGGGACCCUCCUGGAGGGUGGAAGCAGAAAUGGAUAAUCUGCAGAGGCAGAGAUAGCAGACCCCAGGGGCCUGGUGUAGCCCUGCGGGGCUUGGCAGGCUGUGCAGGGGUUCGCCUUUAGCAGACACCGGGGAGGCCUUGCCCGGCUUGGCUCAGCAGGACCGGAGGACCGAGCGGGACCUCGUGGGGAAGUGGAUUCUGAAUUCUCCCAGCGGGCCCCCUGGGAACCAGGUGGCUGAGCUGUGUGGCCAGACAGGAAGGGACUGCCCUCCCCUUGUGAGUUAUUUUGUUUUUGUGGAGCCAUGAAGCUUAACAAGAGGAGUGUGACCCACUACGCACUGAGUGACUCCCCCGCAGACCACACAGGCUUCUUGCGCACUUGGGGGGGUCCAGGGACUCCACCCACCCCCAGUGGCACGGGCCGAAGAUGCUGGUUUGUCCUUAAGGGCAAUCUGCUAUUCUCCUUUGAAAGCCGUGAGGGCCGGGUCCCGCUGAGCCUGGUUGUGCUGGAGGGCUGCACCGUGGAACUGGCCGAGGCUCCGGUGCCUGAGGAGUUCGCCUUUGCCAUCCGCUUUGACGCCCCAGGAGUGCGCCCACACCUGCUGGCAGCAGAUGGGCAAGCGGCCCAAGAGGCCUGGGUAAAGGCGCUGUCCAGGGCCAGCUUUGGCUACAUGCGCCUAGUGGUCCGUGAGCUGGAAAGCCAGUUGCAGGAAGCCCGCCAGAGCCUGGCCUUGCACCGCUGUGCCACCCGGAAGGUGGCUGGCAGCCGCUGUAAGCCACAGACUCCCAACCACUCGUCUCCAAGUCCAGAGAAUGGACACUUUCUCCCCAGCGACUGCAGCCCCAUGGGUUCCAGUGAGGAAGGGGGCAGCAGGCCAGCAGGGCGGGAUUUGGCUGAGUGGGAGUUGCAGGGCCCUGCCAGCUUCCUCCUAGGCAAGGGGCAGAGCCCUGUGUCCCCUGAGACUUCCUGCUUCUCUACCCUCCACGACUGGUAUGGUCAGGAGAUUGUGGAACUGAGGCGGGGGUGGCAGCAGAGGGUCCUGGGGAGCCAGCCAGAAUGCAAGCCAUAGGAUAGGCCCGUAGCCUGGGCCUUUAGUCCUGGCCCUGUCCUGCUGGUCAGGACACUGCAGCCAGUGCUUUUCAAGGAGUUAAAUGUUUACUCACUUCCAAGGUUGCUUUUGGGGGGAGGGGAGUUCCUUCCCUCCUGAUUUUUUUAGGCCUUCCAAGUUAUACAUUCUCCCUGUGCCUAGAGGGGACUGAGGAAUUAUGGCUUCCAAUCCCCUGACUUUUUGAAACCCAGAAAGGAAAGGUGGUUUACUAUAGCCCCAGAGCAAACCUGUCUCCUGACUCUGACAGGACUGCCCCUCUCUCAGGGGAUAUUAAUGAAAUGCAGGAAGAGGGGCUGCCCUACCUUUGACCUACACACCAGACUCUAGCCAUAAUUUCCAACACAGGAGUCUCAUGUGCACUUAAAUGCCAGAGGCUGACUGCAGAUCAGCUUAGGGGCUAACAUUGUCAGUGAAAAUGAAUUUAUUGUGUUAUAGGGAUUUCUGGGCCCAGCUUUUCUUGAGAGGGAUAGGAAGACUGGGCACGGGGCCCCUUUCCCCCCAUAGUUUGGGCAGGGUCCUUUGGAGGAAACAGCCUUUAGCUAAAUAGAGUGACUUCUUACUCCUCCUCUACCAAACCACCACAGAUAAUGCUGAAAUUUGCCUUGGGAGGGGCUUUUAUGUCAGCAAAAAACUUUCCUGAGUUCCGUCCUCAGCAGCCAGCUAGCUCUUGGUACUGCCAAGCAGGAAGUAAAGAAGAGGCAGGGAGGCAGGGUGGCCCCUGGGGAAGGCCAGUUUGUUUCUUUGGUCCUCAGUCCUGGGUAUUCUAGAAGCUUAGGAUUCUCAGUACCAUGUGAUAAAUCCCACUCUCCUGGCUGGGCUCCCAUAAAGGUACUCCUCCUCCUAAAGCCACCAGGGAACUCUGUGACAGUUCCCAGGACUUUACCUUCAGGAAUCCUCAUUGCUGCUCUUCCCAGCAGUGGUGCAAAAUGUUUUUCUAUUUGUCUGGAAGGCAAAACUGCUGGGACUACAGAGCCAAAGGCCAGCCCAGCCUGUCACCUUAAAGGUAUAGUGGCAGUGACUGGUGGGAAGAUGCAGGGCCUGGUGACAGACACCCCCUUCCUUGCUUCCCUCUUUCACUUGGCUGGACUAAGCCCAAGUGGGCCGAAGACAGACUUCAGGAGGCUGAGAUGCUGCCCUAGGCCCAGGACCACUGCUGCCCUGCUUUGUUCCCAGCCCUGUACGGGAGCCCUACGGCCCACCUGCACUUUAUUUUAUACACAGAUACUACAGGCCUUUGUUAUCUUUGUUACUGUUUUUUAAAAAAUAUAAAUAUAUAUAUAUAUAUAUACACACAAUUAAAACACUAAAGUUUUUUUUAAAGGUUAUUACUCAUUUUGGUUAUUACAAUGUUUUUAGAAACGAAGAAUCAGGGCUGGAGUUGCGAAGCCAGUAUCUGAUGGCAGAAGCUGAGUUAGGUUAGAGACUCGGGUUUGUUGCUGGCAUAACUCCCACCAGGUCCACUUUGGCCCCGCCUGUUUCCCAGCCCCGUGUCCCAGACCCUCAGCCCACUCCCGCCCGUUGUUAGUGUUUUUUAUAAGAUUCAAUGAGUAAAGUUUUUUCAUUAUUA